AACAUGUAUAGUGUUGGGGUGCCCUCGGCGGCCUCCUGCUCCUGCAACACCUUCCCUCCUCCCUCAUACUGCUCCUGCAGUACCCUUGCAACUGACGGUAGCCUCGAGGCUUAUAUCAACCUAGCAGCUGACUAAGGCCACCGCUACCGUACUCCCCAACUAGCCAGCAAACUACAUUACAGAAGCGAAGUUAAAAUACAAAUAUAGAGCCAGGAUGUACGGAGAGUGAAGGGGGACGGGUAUGGGAGGUGGUGCAGGAGUGCCGGGCCCCACCAUGAGGUCGGGCUUGGGCCGGUCCCCCACAGAUGGCGCCCCGCAGCAUCGUCUGCUAAUUUAGCAUCGGUGUUCGGGAGUCCCUCAAGUGCCCAGAUACAAUGCUGUAGUCAUCAGAGCUAGGACCAGGGAUGGAUUACCUUAUCUUCCUGGCUCAAGAGAGAGCAGAGUCUGUACAGGUAACUUUGCACUCGGCUACAACUCAUUUCGCCAGUAUUCUUAGAUCUUUGGGACUUGGGGCCAAAGCAUCCUUCAACAGUGCUCUCGUUUCUAUUAAGAACCAAAGGAUCGGCAGAGAUGUGGCAGAAAAAUUUUGCGACUGGCUUGCUAAGCUAAGGGAAAGAUUAAGUGCUUUCUCUCCUUCUGAAUUUUAUAGCAAGUUUUUAAUAUUUUUCCUAACUGAAGUGACACGAACUCACAUAUACUUCGGUGGAGCGUGUUUCUUUGCUGGAAGCCUCUGUGGCAUCUUGCUGGGAAUGAGGCUUCAGAGUAGUAUAGUUGCACCCCAGCGCAUGAGAGCUGUAGUGGCCAACAGCUACAGAGGAUUGGAGGCCAUUGGAGUAGUAGAAGAUGUCAUUGCACCAAGAAUUGUGGAGCCACACCAAGUGUUAAUUCAAGUGAAGGCUGCUGGAAUUGAUUACCUGGACAUUAAGGUGGCCGAAGGAUAUGGCCGUGUAUUGAGACGACAGUUAAAUAAAUAUAAUCCAAAUGUGGAUGGUGAGUUCCCAGUUGUUUUGGGGCGAGACUGUUCUGGAGUGGUGGUGGUUGUUGGCAAGGCAGUCACACGUGUGGAACAAGGAGAAGAGGUGUGGCUUGCUGUUCCAUUUUAUCAUCCGGGAACUCUGAGCGAAUAUGUGGUAGUGUCGGAGGAACUGGUGGCCCCCAAGCCAUCACAAUUGACUCAUGAAGGUGCUGCUGCUCUACCCUACAGCAUCAUGAUAGCUUGGGAUGCUCUGGUAACACAAGGAGGACUUGGCCCAGACUCUACUACCGGCAAGAGGAGGUUGGGCUCCAUUCUCACGUGUGUUCUCAGGUAUGAUGUCAUUCUCAACACAGUGGGUCAGGCGCUACACGAAUCCUGUUUAAAACAUUGUCUUCCUGGUGGAGUUGUCGUCACCACUACCUCAUCGCUGUUGGCAUCGGAUUCGUAUGGCUAUGUGGCUGGUGGCCUCUAUUCUUUAUAUAUGAGAGCAAGAUAUUGGUUCACCAAGUCACCAUGGUUGACUGGUGGUAGAUGGGGGACUCUGGAGGUCAAUGGAGAAGUGUUGGAGAAGGUUUCGCCACUUAUAGAUGCAGGACGACUGCAGGCAGUUGUGGACAAGGCAUACUCGGCCCAGGAUGCAGAGGUGGCAUUUGCACAUGUAGCCAAAGGCGAACAAAUUGGUAAAACUGUUAUCCGAUUUAGUAUUAACACACCAAUUAGGAAUCUAGGAAUGGCAUUUUGGCAAGACCACUAGCUUCACGGAUGGAAGGUUCUUUGUAAAACUGAUGGGUUAACUGGCUUGAUAAUUCGUCCCAAGAUUGAGAUAGUCCUGCCGAAUAAUUUGUAUUUUUCCCUAUUUAUAUUUAGAAGUUUUUACAUUCUUGUCACUCUUCUUAGGAAAAGUGUCAUUUGCAAUGCAAUAGGGAUACAAGCGCAACAUAUAUUUUUAUAAAAUAAUGUAGUUUUAUCAAGGAUAUCUUCAAGGCUAAUAGCCUGCAGGUGGGCAGUGUUAAUAUUUGGCCAAGCAAUCUGCAGUAUACCAAUUUGCGUAUAUUUUUAGACAGCAGUACUGUACAUAUUUGAGCAAUACUCUUACUUUCUCCCUUUCAUUUUUCACUAUUAAUCUUACAAGUUAGAAAAUAAUUCUUUGCUUGUGGUCCUUAUGUACUCAAUUCAGCAAUUUCAUUAAUACUGUAUUUCAAGAGAGCUGGCCUCAUUUCAGUUCUUAAUUUUUUAAUAUGUGGAGUUACCAUUUUUGUUCAAUACUGCAUCAAAUGUGCACAUGAAAGUAUUUCUACCUCAGAUAUUUGAAGUUAGACUUGAAACUGUGCUUUAUGUAUGAAUCUAGUGUGGAUGGAGCCUUACAACACUGCGAGUCUUGGCCAUUUGAUCUGCGCUGUUGAUGUGAUCAACAACACAGCACAGAUAUUUAACUGACUAUAAGAGAGCCGUCUUAAAGUGUUGUAAAGAAGGUGCUCACACCCAUGCACUCACUACAGUAUGUCAACAUACUUUUAUUACAUUAGUCGAGGGUAUUGGAUCUAGGGUAUAAUUAUUGUAGAUCGAGCAAACUUCCAUUAUUAAGUACUCUGACGAGCUUGUGUGUGACCACAUUUGUUACAUACAUUGUGAUUAUUUUGAUUGUAGUAAAGUUAUUUCAAUAUUAUGAAAAAAUUUGUAAUUUAUCUAUUUUAAAUUUUCUUCUUAAGGUAAUGAAUACUGCAUUGGUAUAUACUAUUCUGUAAAACUGAAGUACAGUAGUGUUAAGAAUGAGACACUGAAAAAUGUUCCAUUUGACAUUGUAGUUACGGUGGUUUGUGUUGUAUAAAAUACCCCGGGCUGUGAGCUGAUGGAUUUUGUCGCAGUAUAAUCUCCCGUCCACUGUAUGUUCACUUGCUAGAUGCGUUUCAUUUUGACGUAAUUAAUGUAAAAGUAGUUUAGAGUACAAAGUUCUUGUAAUAGGUGAAAACAUGAUUGCUCAGUUUCAAUAGAAGAGCAUAAAGUUGGCUCUAUAUUUGAAUAUGUGGUGUAUAUUAAGAAUUUGGUAUGUCAUAAAUUGUUGAAAUUUAAAUAAAUCUACAUGAACCCAGAUCUACCUUACAUAUCGGGUUAUCAUAAAGGCUAAAUUGUAAAAUUGAAAAUGUUAGGCUUAACAUAUUCCAGAUCAUCUUAAUAAGCUAUUAAUGCUGUUCCAUAUUUUUAUACGUACAGGGAGUAGAAAGGCUGACCACUGUUUCUUCCAUAGAAGCACUACUUUGGGGAAAGUUAAGAGGUUUCUUCUUUUCCAACUGUUGGCUCUGUUCUCUGGCUACUCUCUGCGGCACCAUCUGCUGGCAGUGUAUAUCUUCUCAACUUUUAAGUUGUUCUUGUGAUUGAUGUUUCCCAGGUCUUUUGCUUUAUUCACUUGUGACUUCCUUUCUAGCAUUCCUCUUUCUCCUUUGAUUUUUUAACACUUUAGUAUACUUCAACUUUUGUGAAGGUCACUUCACUCAUGUGAUUGCCUAACCAGUGGAACAUUGUUUAACCCUGCAUUAGCACGUUGAAGUUUUUAAAAAUCCCAAACAAAUCAUCCACCAAACAAAAGAAAAAGGUUACUGUUUUCAGUAGUGUGCAUCGUAAUGAGAGAUUAAUGCAGGGAAUCACAAGGUAGUGGAAUAUCGGCAUAAAUCUUCAUUUAAUUACAUAGACAACUAAAAAGUCAUUUUUUUCUGGGCUGAGCAAACUUCCCAGGGUGGUCAUGUAGGGUUAAAUGGCCAUGACUUCACACGAAUACAAUAUAUCUCUUGAAAACAUUUUAACAUGUAAUAUUAAGAAACAUAUUGCUAUACAGGUACUGAUGACCAGACCACACACUAGAAGGUGAAGGGACGACGACAUUUCAGUCAUCGUCCCAAUCGACUUGAGAAUGGUCCAAGACGGACCAAAACAUCGUCGUCCCUUCGCUUUCUAGUGUGUUGUCUGGUCAUCAUACUUUAGCCACGUUAUUGUGACUCAUCGCCUGCAUAUUGCUAUACUGUAUGUUAAUAUAAUGUCGAUUUAAUACUAAGAAAUCAGUAACAUUAGAUAAAAAGCAACUCUGGCUGUUACAUGUAGAUUGUCAUCCUGUUUUCACCUAAAAUAACUAAAAAGCUCAGGUGUGAAAUAUUGGCAUUUUUGAUAAGCUUAACUAUUGCACAAUGAUCAACUCCCGACCCCCUGGGGUUAUGGACACGAGACCGAGUAGAAUAAUUAAACUCAAGAAUUAAACAUAAAGAAUACUGAUCAUGAUUCUUUUGUCACUGAUGCUCAAUAACUUAUCAAUGUACUGUGAUUGUGCUGAUUAUUUAUUCUUGUAAGACUGUUGCUCAUUAGUAGCACUUGCUAUGCUUUCUGCUGUUUUUAAGAGGUUAAUAUUGCAGUGUGUUAUUGUAUAUAGUUUUUUUUUUUUUUUUUUAACGGGGACAAUCAACUCGUACAUCUGUAGAUAAAGGAAGUGACGAUGUUUCGGUCUGUCCUGGACCAUUAUUCAGUCCAGACAAUAUUUAGCAGUGAUCAAACUUUUUGAAGUCUUCCUUUUGUGUAAAAUAAUUAUAUGAAAUUGUUUAAUGUAUAGCUGAAGUAAAUGCGGUGUAAAUAAUGUUAGUGUUAAGUGUUGUGUACAGUCUUCUUACUGAAUAAAGAUGAGAUUACU